AUGUGCCCAUUUCAGAUCAACGCGAUCUUUCUGACGUAUGUCUACCAACUGAUUUUAUUCGGACCGGCUCUCGCGAUCGCAACAACCUACGAGAGACCCUACAAACUUGAAGAGGAGGGUAAGGCAACCGGCUGCAGAGCACUGAUCAACGCGAUCUUUCUGACGUUACUUCGUGCUCACUGCGGGUUCCUCGGUCGGGUUGAGGUGGCGAUUGUCGUCUUCAUAAUGACCGUCGUCUACUUGGGUUUGGGAAUUCAAGGACUGAUGACCAUGAAUGUGCGCUUGGAUUCGGAAAAAAUUCUGCCAAAAGAUUCCGAGCUUCACAAGCCGAACACACUUCUCAUGGAUUACGUUUGGCAGGAGCAUCUCUCGCCGAUCUUCCUAGUCAACAGUCGCUUCAACCUGACCGACACCAAAUUGACCGCUCAGUUCUGGGACGUGCUCAAAGAGCUUGAAACUCUACCUCGUUGCAAAGGCCCGGCUUCAUCUCAUGUGUGGCUUCGAAAUUUCGCAGACAGUCUCAACAAAUCUGGAGGCCCGUACCCGUACCAUACUAGGCUCAAUCCUGCAAGGGUUAAAAGCUUCCUGAAAAGUGACCGACGUCACUUUGACAUGACGAUCAGGUUCUCGAACGAUUCGGAUGGCGAGACGGUGGAGCGUUUUCUGUUCAUCGUGGCGUACACCAACGUCACCGACUGGGAGGUGCGGAUCGGGCUGAUGACCGAGUGGCGCAAUGUGAUCGCCAAGUAUCACGAUCUGAACAUGACUGUGUACGAAUCAGCUGGCUUCUAUGUGGAUCAGAUGUUGAGCCUGACUACCGUAACCGUUCAGAGCGCUCUGUUCACGUUGGCGUCGAUGACUGUUGUAUGUGCGAUCUUCAUGGGCAACUUCUGCAGUACGGUGACGGCAGCCGCCUCGAUGGCUUCGAUCAGUGUCGGCGUGAUAGGCUUCAUGUCGUUGUUCAACUUUGAUCUCGAUCCAGUGGUGAUGGUGUCGCUUCUGAUGUCCAUCGGCAUGAGCGUCGACUACAUCGCGCAUGUCGCCUAUCAUUUACAGCUGGACACGAAAAGCAAAAUCAGCAACGGCUCGGUGGUUCGAACUCCAAUCAGCGGUAUCGUGAAAAAGGUGGAGAACACGGUCGAGAGCGUGGCGCUGCCGUUGGCCCAGUCAGGCCUUUCGACCAUCACGUGCGUCCUUCCGCUACUGUUCCUUCCCGUGAGUUUCUACCGCGAAUAG